AGUUGCCCAUUUAAUUUACGUUGGUGAAUUAUGCCGCUCUCAAUUCCCCCAAAGUUAAUUUCUUAAUUUUGAAGUUAGUGUACCAAACAUUUACCGGCAACAUAAACCGGUUUUCCAUCAUGUCGGAGAUGCAACUGCUCAGACUGCUGGUCAACGAGCGACUGGCAGCGGCUGCCGAGGAAAUCUUUGGACUCGUUGAGAGGACGAUUGAGGAGUAUCAGGAUGAAGCUGUCCGCUCCAACAGAGAAGUCAUCCAGCUGAGACAGCAGAUCGAGCAGCUGACAGUUUUAAAACCUGAAGUAGUAUUAUUCAGAGCAGACACUCAGCUGGCCUCUGAGAAACUGCCUCCUUCACUGCAGCAAUAUGACAACAAGAUGGAAGAGACCCCCUCUCUGAAUGAAACAGAGUUUCAAAAGCACCCACAGGUCAAAGAGGAGCAGGUGGAUCAGUAUAUCAGUCCAGACGAUGAGGCUGAUACUUCUGAGGAUGCUGACCUCUGUAGAGAAAUCAACCAACUGAAACAGCAGAUCGAGCAGCUGACUGCUUUAAAAUGUGAAGGAACACUAUUCAGAGCAGACACCCGGGCAGUCUCUGAGGAGAUCAUGCCUUCACAGCAGCCAAACCAGCUUCCUACUGUGGAGGAAAAAGAGACUUAUGAUUCUCAGCAAGUCAGAGAGGAGCAGGUGGAUCAGUGCAUCAGUCCAGACAUGGAGGCUGAUACUCCCAAUGUUACUGAAGUCAGAUAUCCUACAUCAGAACCAACCAUUAACUGUGAGCUGCUCCCGUCUUCCAUGGAUGUAACUGUGAGCUUAAACAAAAGCGUAGACAACAGCUGGAACCAAAGAGGAAUUUCACCAUGGCCUCCUCAGCAUCACAGUGUUGCACUUUUCAUUGGACUGGAGCAGCCUCCAAGAGGAGAAAGAUCUUGCCGUUUUUGUGGCAAACAUUUCACGAAGGACUCUUAUCUUAUAAGGCAUGUAGACACGAGUCACAACGGGCACAAAGCCUUUAAAUGCCUAUGUAGACACGAGUCACAACGGGCACAAAGCCUUUAA